CUAACAGCGGCGCUAACGGAAGAGGCGCUUCUGGAGGUCAGCAGCUUUGGGAGGGAGUGAGGAGACAUAGACCUGGGUGUUGCUUCCUGGAGUCUAGGUUAGUAGUUAUUGUCCGCGACCUUCUUAGGCUCCACUUUUAGCUAGUAAGAUCCGCGGACAGAAAAAUCUUGGCCACACUCAAAAUGGCGGAAAACUUAACGCCAGGAACGCAGGAAACGCGAGCGGAAGCGGAAGUGCGAUAGCUGCCUACAUGUGCUGUUUCCUAAGUGUUGAAAACCCUGUGGAGUUAAGGGCUGUCUCAGGGUCCGAGUGAGUGAUAUUACCCCAUCCCACCAUGGGGAAGAAAGGCAAAGUAGGCAAGAGCCGGCGGGACAAGUUCUAUCACUUGGCCAAGGAGACAGGUUAUCGUUCGCGCUCUGCCUUCAAGCUGAUCCAGCUCAAUCGCCGCUUUCAGUUCCUGCAGAAAGCCCGGGCCUUGCUGGACCUGUGUGCUGCGCCCGGAGGAUGGCUGCAGGUGGCUGCCAAGUUUAUGCCUGUAUCCAGUCUUAUUGUGGGAGUGGACCUGGUUCCAAUCAAGCCUCUUCCCAAUGUUGUGACUCUUCAGGAAGAUAUCACAACAGAGCGCUGUAGGCAGGCCCUGAGGAAGGAGCUGAAGACUUGGAAAGUUGAUGUUGUACUCAAUGAUGGAGCUCCCAAUGUUGGGGCUAGUUGGGUCCAUGAUGCUUACUCACAAGCUAACUUGACACUGAUGGCACUGCGUCUGGCUUGUGAUUUUUUGGCCCGUGGUGGUUGCUUCAUCACCAAAGUCUUCCGUUCCCGUGACUAUCAGCCCCUGCUGUGGAUCUUCCAGCAGCUGUUCCACCGUGUCCAGGCCACGAAGCCCCAGGCCUCUCGCCACGAAUCUGCAGAAAUCUUUGUAGUCUGCCAAGGAUUCCUGGCUCCUGACAAGGUUGACAGUAAAUUCUUCGACCCUAAGUUUGCCUUUAAAGAGGUUGAAGUUCAGGCUAAAACUGUUACUGAGCUAGUGACAAAGAAGAAGCCAAAGGCUGAAGGUUAUGCCGAGGGUGAUCUCACUCUCUAUCACCGAACCUCAGUCACUGACUUCUUUCGAGCUGCCAAUCCUGUUGACUUCCUCUCCAAGGCCAGCGAAAUCUCAAUAGACGAUGAAGAGUUGGCACAGCAUCCAGCUACAACUGAGGAUAUAAGAGCAUGCUGUCAGGACAUCAAAGUGCUGGGGCGCAAGGAACUUAGGUCUCUUCUGAAUUGGAGAACAAGACUUCGGCGAUAUGUGGCCAAGAAGCUGAAAGAGCAAGCAAAGGCACUGGACAUCAGCCUCAGCUCAGAAGAAGAAGGUGAUGAGGAUGAGUCAAUUGCUGAGACAAAGCAGGCUUCAGAGGAGGAGGAGGAGGAGCAGCUUAACCGGACCCUGGCAGAGAUGAAAGCUCAAGAGGUGGCUGAACUAAAGAGGAAGAAAAAGAAAUUGCUCCGUGAACAGAGGAAGCAGCGGGAGCGUGUAGAGCUGAAGAUGGAUUUGCCUGGGGUUUCCAUUGCAGACGAGGGGGAGACAGGCAUGUUCUCCCUGCAUACCAUCAGGGGUCAGCAGUUGCUAGAGGAAGUAACACAAGGAGACAUGAAUGCUGCAGACACAUUUCUGUCUGAUCUGCCAAGGGACGACAUCUAUGUGUCAGAUGCUGAGGAUGAUGAUGAUGAUGAUACUUCUCUGGAGAGUGACCUGGAUCCAGAAGAGCUGGCAGGAGUCGGGACACAUUCUAGUCUGAAGGACCGGAAGUGCUUGCGGUUUGCUCAAGUAGAUGACAAUAAAGAGGAAGAAGGAGAGAAUCCAUUGCUGGUACCACUGGAAGAAAAGGCGGUGCUGCAGGAAGAGCAAGCUAACCUGUGGUUCUCCAAGGACGGCUUCAGUGGAAUUGAGGAUGAUGCUAAUGAGGCCCUGGAGAUCAGUCAGGCACAGCUGCUCCAUAAGAGCCGUAGGAAGGAGCCACCUCCACCACCUUCUAGUCUGAAGACUGAGAAGAAACCUCCCCAGUGCCAGAAUGAGGUUCUUAAGGAGACAGAGGCUGUUUCGGGGACAGAAGCUGUCACUGACCCUGGAGGGGAGGACGAAGUCAACAGCUCAGAUAGUGACAGCAGCAGUAGCGAGGAUGAAGGAAGCUGGAAAGCAUCCCGUGGUAUUAAGCGAAGCCGUGGUUCUAAGGCAGAUGAUGAUGGGUUUGAGGUAGUACCUAUUGAGGACCCAGCGAAACACCGAAUUCUGGACCCUGAAGGCCUUGCUCUAGGUGCUGUUAUUGCCUCUUCCAAAAAGGCAAAGAGAGACCUUAUAGAUAACUCAUUCAACCGGUAUGCAUUUAAUGAAGAUGAGGGUGAACUUCCAGAGUGGUUUGUGCAGGAAGAGAAGCAGCACCGGAUACGCCAGCUGCCUGUUGACAAGAAGGAUGUGGAGCAUUACCGAAAACGCUGGCGGGAAAUCAAUGCACGGCCCAUCAAGAAAAUAGCUGAGGCUAAGGCCAGAAAGAAACGGAGGAUGCUGAAGAAGCUGGAGCAGACCAAGAAGAAGGCAGAAGCUGUGGUGAACACUGUGGAUAUCUCAGAACGAGAAAAGGCGGCACAGCUGCGAAGUCUCUACAAGAAGGCUGGACUUGGCAAGGAGAAACGCCAGGUCACCUAUGUUGUAGCUAAAAAAGGUGUAGGCCGUAAGGUCAGGCGGCCAGCUGGAGUCAGAGGUCAUUUCAAGGUAGUGGACUCUAGGAUGAAGAAGGACCAGAGAGCACAGCAACGGAAGGAACAGAAGAAAAAACACAAGCGGAAGUGAGCAGACGCAUCUGGAGAGACAAAGACUAGGAAGAUGUGGUAUAGUUCACUCUGGUGGUUUUGGCACCUGCUGUUGCCCAUAUGAUUAGGGGAGCGCUAUUGUGUGCCUACAAUUCUACAAUAGAAGUCCUUGGAGAAGUGCUCUUGGAGAAUGGUCAUACAAGAAAGCACCAAGGGACUAUUUUUGAUUAUGACACACUGACACCAACCCCCGCCCCCCAAUCUUUCACAAAGGACUUGGGAUGGAAACAUCUUUUUUAAGCCUUAAGGGGAAACUGAGUGUGAUGGCACUGUUGUAGCCUAUUAAGCAUGUGGUUCUCCUGAGUCCUCUCCCACCCUUUCCCAUUAUUUGAAUAAAAUGAAGAUAACAGAACAAAUAACUUUUCUGAUA